CCCUUUCUUUUCGUCCAAUACUUAUCUUUUCUUUCUUUCUUUUGCAGGAAACGCAAUCAAUCCGUGCCGCUGUUGCUUUUCUCGAAGCCAAACACCCGUCUGGACGAGGAUCAGGAUCCUGUCACGACAGCUGCAUCUAACACCACUAAUAUCAGGGUCCGCGUCGAUGUGUCUCAACAUGAAUUCUGGCACGAGGUACCUGGACGCAUAAAACUCAAGGAGCGACCCAAAAGUCAAGAACAAACUCAUGGACGCCUACAUCGUGCAGCUUCCAGAUUCCUCGCCAAAGCUGCGAACACGAGUGUGCCGACGGCAAUGCGUCGUCGUAGGUUCUCGACUCCUGUACUCGCUAUGGAAGAGGUGCAAGGGAGGGACUGCGGCAACGACACAGCUGAGGAGCAGGCCACGUCGGCGAGAAUUGGUCGGAGGAAGUCUCUCUUGAGUCGUGCUCGCUCACUGAGAGGUGUGAAAAGUCUAUCUGACUUGAAAGCGGCUACAGUGGGUGCCGUGAGAAUUGACAAGGACAGGCGCGGGCAAGAGUCGUCACAGACAGAUGGACGGGAACAAGGGGCGAUGUUUGAAUGUGCAGUCGUCAGGGUGAAGAGUGUGAACAGUGCUACCAGUGCACCUUUGUAUACCUUUGGAGGAAACGAAUAA